CGAAGUCCACCUUUGCCGAUGUUCAUACAGUCUCCGCCAAGAAGAAACCAAGCUUUGCAGAAUGAUCAAGUAAAUGCUGGAGCAGCAAAAGCCAGAUAUCUCAAUGUCGUUGAAUCCAGUGCUGCUAAUGCUCAAAAUUUGUCACCUACACCACAACCUGUCAGUACGUCAAUAAAACAGAUCCAAAAAGAAGCACUUAAUCAAAUUCCAAAACCGGCUCCAUUUAUAUUACAACAACGGAAUGGCUACGCACCAUCGCCAUCACAGCAACAGCAACAGUAUGUCGAAAAUAAUGUUCAGCUACAGCAAAGCAAUUUGGAAGCACCACCUCAUUCAAUUCUAAAAGUUAAUGGAGAAAGGCACGAUAAUACUAUGCCGUCUGCAUUUAACGAUCAACGCGAAAAUAUUCCACAGCAUUCGACAAGACAUCCUGGCAGUAGGCCGCAUCGUAUUGCAUUCGAGGAUUAUAAUAAUUCAGUUGUACAUGGGGAUAUCACCAAUUCUGAACGUCGUAUACCUGGUAGAUUACCACUGUUACCGCCACAAACAAACAUACGAGACUUAGAAAAAGAUGCUUUACGAAAGUUGAGAGAGCGAGCUAAAGAUUUGCCUCCUCCGGUGGAUGAGGCCAAGUUUUUUAAGCCUAAUUUGAGGAAAAAGCAGAUGGAGUUGCAUUUCAAGACAGUGCCACAAGACCAGAGAUCUGUGCCACCUCCGCCACCACCGCCACCACCACCACCACAACCAAUACCUCAAGAACAAGAGCUUCCUGUGAUGAUGGAAGAUCAAUUCCACGAACAGUCAACGCCUGGUGGACAUUGGAUUUAUCAAUCAGAUGUAAGCCGUGAAGACCCUCGAGUAACUCGUCUACGAUCCCAACAACUUUACGGCAACUUCUACGCUAGAGGUCUUGACGUUCCCAAUGACAUUCCGGUAGCUCCACCAUUACCAGUACCGCAGUCACCGCCGCAAGUGCCACAGGAACAAGAAAAUAUAAGCCCUAUUGAAAUUAAGAGGCAGAAAGAGAAGCCAGCUGUGCAAUACGAAGUGAAACCUUGGUCUCUGACAAUCCGAAAAGAGAUGCAACAUUUUCAGCUUUUCUACCCUUACGAACAAUUGGACGACAUCAAUGAAAUUGACCUGUUGUUCAGCCAAAUUAUUACAGACUGCAGAAAACCAAAUCGGCAUCGUAUUCGGCAGUAUGAAAAGGAUGAAAUCAACAAAAUUUUGCGCGAUAACGCGGUACCACCAGAGGAUCUGGAUCAUCCAGAAAGGAUGAGAGUGGAGAUUAAGAUUAGUGUCAUUGAAGCAGCAAGACGAUGGCCACUAUAUUUUUCACGCUUUUACAACGUUGUCGAAGAACGUGACAGUGAAUUAGUGAACAGACUUUUAGGUAUCAGCGAGUCUGGAAUUAGACUGAUUGCCAGAAAUAUUGGUAAUUCCGAAGAACCUGUGUACAUCUCAGAUCAUUUCUUAUACGAAGAUGUUGCUGAAUUAGCAAUUGAAGAAGGAAAACGAGAACAUUUGCAAAUCGUAAGUCGUAAAGGUCUUGUCAUAUGGAUAAAAUCUGAACAAGCUGAACAAAUUAAAUCCAUAAUCGAACAAUUUAUUACCGGAUCUGCAAAGAACAAAGUAUUUGUUCGAGCAACAGCCGAUUACGUAACUAAUGAGCCAAACCUACUUAGUUUCAAGAAGGAUGAUGUGAUACAGAUUAUCACGCGACUUGACCAACAUCAAGAUCCAGAGGGUGAAUGGCUUUUUGGUAAAAUUGACAAUCGCUAUGGUAAUCUACCGGCAAAUUACGUUGAACCGUUUGAACCGCAACGUGUAAGUGAAUUUUUUUUUGUUUGGCAAAGAAUAAUUAUUUUUUUGAAAUGA